AUGUCCCGCUUGUUAGUCGCCGACACAGGGUAUCACAUGCUGACCGCCUCCUUUUACCACGAUGCUCCGGAUGGGGGGAAGGAGAAGGAUGAGGUCGGCAUGGAGGUAACGACGGAAAAGGGCCAGGAGGAGGCGGCAUGCGAGGGAAGUGGGAAGGUGCCGGUCGACGCCGGCGAAGGGGUGAACAUUACGGGCGUGCAGGGUCCUGAACUGGACGACGUCGAGGAGCUGCGACGGGAGAACUGGUUGUUGAGGGCGGAGAACGCUCGGCUGGCGACGUUGCUCGAUGAGGAGAAGGCUCGGCUGGACAGGUUUUUUGUUGGGGCGUCGGCGUGGUUGUUGGACUUCGACAAUCCGGACGAAAAUAUGGCAUAUGCACGCGCCGAGGCAGUCUCCGCCUUAGCCGAACACAUCAAUACGGUGGUGGGCGAUGUGAAGAGGGGUUUGGAGGAGUACAUCUCGAACCACCUAGCCUCCGCGCAGGUCAACAUCGCCACCGCUGUGACUCACAGGCUCGCCGUGCAGCCGCCGCCUCCGACUCAGCCCACGCCGCCCGCCCCAACGCCCGCCUUACCGGAGGAGCUCUUGAAGUCGUUCAAGACAGACAUCUUGAAGACGGUGACGGAGGCCACCCAGCAGUCGUUCCUAGCUUCCGGGAUGAAGAUCAUGACCGAGAUGAUCGGCACUGUCGUCGCCGCGCAACGGAGGGAGGCCGACAAGCAGGGCCAGAAGAGGACGGGCGGCGGAGACGGUUCGGUGAGCGUGAAGCGGAGCAAGGGAGCGGACGGGAGCCGCGGUCCAGGCGGCUCGAAGCCUGCUGCACAGAGCGUGGUCGACCAGCUGAAGACGAAGGCAGGGUGGAAGGUGAUAAGGUCGUCGCACAGCAAGGGAGAUGGGAGAGGGGGGGCAGAGGGUGGCACUGCCGACGAGGUUGCCGCUAAAGUCGCGGCACCAGAAGGCCCGCCUUUGGUCGCCGAGCACACCCAUCCUGAGGCGAGCGGUGGGAAAGGCGUGCGCGACAAGGAGAUACCAACCGCUCAGACGGCGAAAGAAGGCGGCGCCAGAACCGCCAAGGGACCGUCCGUCGCGGUGUCGGGGUCCACGUCGAUUCCCUGUAACCCCCCUGCAGCUACCACCGCGCCGGCCGGCCGAUCAGGCGCCAACAACGAUGGGCCGGCCAUUGCGGCCCCUCCAGCUCCAGCAGCCCCAUCUGCCGCCAAGGGCGACGCGAAGGCUCCUGCGGCUAAGCGCGAUGGUCCGUCAGCUGCUAAGGUGCCCGCCGGUGGUAACGCGCUCAGGGAGUUGCUCCACCGCAUGGAGACACAUCGCAGGGACGUGCAGCAGCCUGCCGUGGUCGACGCGGGCCUCGCCGAAAUAGCAAGUCGCUCCGUCACCCCGCAGGUUGCCGGCACAUCGUCCGGUGCCCCACCUGCCGCGCCUCAUGUCGCCGCCCGACCGCCUGCGGACCCAAAGUCCAUGUUUCUCCGCGCCCAGUUAGGCGCACGCAAAGCGGCAGCUCCACCAGUGACUCAGCCGGAAACCGGUAAAAGCGCGACGCCGACGUCACUAAACGCGGCCGCACCCACACCCAGUGCAGCUGUGGUCGAUAUGGCGGCGGAGAAGGGUGUGCGUGCAGCGCUAGCCACCGGCAGCCGAGCCGACAGGCACGCUGACAUCGCUGCCAUCCAGGCCCAUUUCGAGGCUGCAAAACGCCCCGAGCACGCCCCUGCUCUGGCCAUCAUGGACACGGCGCAUGUGGAGCCGUCGGCGACUCACGGAGGGGGUUCGGCGGAGCCGACGACUGCAACGGAUGCUGUCGCUGAGAGGAAUGCGGGACGGAAGGGGAAGGACGACACUGGAAAGGGGAAGGCGGUCUCUCAGAGGAGCACGCGGGCGAUGUCGGCGGGGAAGGAGAUGUCGGACGAGAAAGGGAAGAAGGUGGGAGGGAAUCAGGACAAGAAGGGCGGCAAGGGUAAGACGGCAAAGACGAAGGAGGAGGAGGAGGACGAGGCGGUCGGCGAGGGAAAGAAGGAGCAUGGACGCAGGGGUCAUGGCAUCCACCACGACAAGUCGGGCGACGGGCUAGGUUGGGUGGGCGAGAUUAAGGUAAACGGCGAGAAUCGAUACAUCGGCAAGUCGAGAGAUAAGAUGGAGCUGGCCUACGAACACUCGAUUGCGUACUUCGUCUACGACGGCUACGUGAGCAAGGUGCUCAUGGACGAGCUCACAGUCUUGAAGCCGGGGGAGUUGGAGGAAUGGAAGGGGUUGUGGGAGGAGGUCAAGUUCUUGCCGACCGGGAUGUGGACGGUGAUGUGGGCCAGAGGCUUGUGCCAUCCGAGAGCAAGGUUCGACGAUAUACUCGGCAGGUACCGUGGGUACACGGGUUCUGGUGAUGCUCUUCACGACGUGCUCUUGUCGGCGAUCUGGUUCCCCGUCGUCGAGAACACGAAGGAAGGCAAGGAGGUGACGGAAGCUUUUAUGUCAGCGAUGGUAAAUCGCGUGUCGAUGUGCGCGGCGUAUGGGAAGGUCGCGGCGAGCGCGGCGUUUGGGAAGGUCGAAGCAAGCGCGGAGGGGAAGGCGGAAGAGAAGACGGAGAUGGUAGGCACGGACGGGGAUGCGGAUGAGAAAACGGAGUUGGCGGCCCAGGCGUUAGCGGCAUCCGCAUGCGCCCUAUGGUGCUUCGUGGAGACGGGGGCGUCGGUGCUCGGUGCUGUGGGCGAAGGGAAGGCGGCGGCGAUGGUUGCAGGUGCGGGGGAGAAGAGGGCCGAGGACUUCAAGAAGGUGAUGCACGCGGUGAUCGACCUAGCACGCAAUAGGGAGGCACCCGCAGGGGAGGUUGCACACAACGUCGCACCGGCGCUGCAGCGUCAGGCUGUGGACAUUGCCUUCAAGGAAGGGGUUGUGGGAGUCGAGGCCGACAUAAUCGCUAGAGCGACGAUGGAGUACGAUAUGGAGCACAGGGGGAGAAAGGGGGAGAAGGUCAAGCAGGGCAAGGGCAGCAAGAGGAAGAAGAGGCAGACGGGCAAGCAGGGCAAGGACAGUACGGAUGCGUAG